GGCAUUGUGGCUUUGCCCAGUCUUUUUUAUUCAACCACGAUAUUCUACGGACUUCAGUUCUAUGCCAUCUUCUUACGCAGACCGUUCAUCUGGGACUACCAGCCCUUGUCUCGGCUCGAUGAUUGAGAAUAACAAAUAUGGCUGCUGAGGAGGUCGAGCGUCGCAAAAGAUACCAACAUCAACCGCUCAAGCACCAGAGCUCAAUCCGUCUUGCUCGUCUGCUGCCUGGAACCUUCAACACCCCAGUUUCCAUCCAACUGAUAGAGGUAUCUCUUGAAAAUCCUCCGCCGUACAAAGCCCUGUCCUACGUCUGGGGCUCACCUGUGGGUAACAUUCCAGUGAGCUGUCAUGGCCAAGAGCACUUGAUCACCGAAAACUGCGUCACAGCCCUUCGAAGAAUACGCAGUAAAGUCAGGAAAUGUAUUCUGUGGAUUGAUUCCAUCUGCUCAUAAGUCGAUCGAUACGAAAGGAAAUACCACAGGAACUUGAG